AUGUGUGAGUGCGACGCGAGCGCAGCCACCAACGUUCGAGUUCAGUGCCGAUCGAACCGGCCGGCAGCGUGCACGUACCGACCGCGCCGCGUCCCAACCGUGCCCAACAGUGUUAUGCCAGAGUUCAGUGUGAGGCCGGCUGCGUCCGUUCCAUUUGGAGUGGUGUUUUUAUCCCGGCGCUACCUGAGCGUCGAGUGGGGGCGAGCCGUAGACACGAUCCCGCUAAUGACCGCACGUAAAUUGAAAGCGGCUCUCAACUUUGCAAUGCAAAAUUUCAUGUUCGCCGCUCAAAAAUCGCUCUCCGCCCAA